AUGGAUGAAGGAGGCGGCAAGACUGAAGGUCACGAUGACCUUGCCUUUUCAUCGAUCACGAACACUUAUGAUGUGUUGGAGGACGAAGCCGUCGGCACACGGACCGCUUGGGAUCUUGGUGCUUCCCGCUCCUUUGGGUCCCGCUCCUUUAGUCUUUCCGGAUUGGAGAAGAAGAUGGUGUGCGUGAAGACGUGUUGCUGUUGCUGCUGCGACACGCGGGUGGGGACCAUAGUCGUCGGGGUCCUCUCCUUGAUCGGCUCCAUCGUGGCCUUAAUCGCAGGAUCCGUGAGCAUCGCACAGAUCAACAAGGUCUACUCCGGCAGCUACCAAGACAUCAUCAAUUACUACGGCUACACCGGCGGUAGCUACAACAGCGUAAUGAUCUACAUCUGGCUGGCCGUCCUCAGCAACUACCAGACCCUGGGAAGCAAAACGGACACGGUGCAACCGAUCAUGAUCCCUGGCCCCAACGCCCAGGGCUAUCCUGCUUACGGCCCCAACGGUCAAGUCUAUCCUGCUUACGGCCCCAACGGUCAAGUCAUUCCUGCCUACAACCCCAACUCCCACGCUUACAACGGCUACGCCCCCACCGGAGAUUUCCAGGCGAAGGGGGGAAAUGGCUAUCACUCGAUGGAAGCGCAUCCGUAUCACGUGAACACGACGGAUGUGCACGGGUCCACCAGCCCGCCUCCACCGCCAACUUACAAUACGUCCAAUAACCCUCCUUCGAUCGGCUCCGUCGUGGCCGUAAUUUCAGGAUCCGUGAGCAUCGUACUGAUCAACAAGGUCUACUCGGGCAGCUACCAAGACGUCGUCAAAUAUUAUGGCUUCUUCAGUCCUAGCUACAAAACCUCUUUGGCUUGCAUCGGAUAUACUAUCUACUUCACCACCAGUGUUGGGAUGAACAAAAUCAAUGUUGGGGUUUUUGCAGUCCAAAUCAUCAUCGCCGUCGUCUACCUAGGCAUAAUGAUCUACAUCUGGCUGGCCGUCCUCAGCAACUACCAGACCGUGGGAAGCAAAACGGACACGGUGCACCCGAUCAUGAUCUAUGGCCCCAACGCCCAGGGCUAUCCUGCUUACGGCCCCAACGGUCAAGUCUAUCCUGCCUACGACCCCAACUCCCACGCUUUCAACGGCUACGACCCCACCGGAGAUUUCCAGGCGAAGGGAGGAGAUGGUCAUCACUCGAUGGAAGCGCAUCCGUUUCAGAUCGGCUCCAUCGUGGCCGUAAUCGCAGGAUCCGUGAUCAUCACACAGAUCAACAUGGUCUAUUCGGGCAUAUACCAAGACAUCGUGAGACAAUACGGCCACGUCAAUGAUGGCUACAAAAUCUUGCUGGGGAUUAUGAUCGGCUUCGUGGUCAUUUCCUCCAUUUUCGUCCUCUCCUCCAUUGCCCUCAUCUAUGGCGCCGCAAAAAGAAACGCAUGUCUGCACCUUCCCUGGGUUAUCAUGGACGCCCUGUACUUGCUGGCCUCCUUGGCCAGCAUCGGAUUUGCCAUAUACCUCACCAACUUUGCUGCGAUCAACAAAAUCAAUGUGGCGAUCUUCGUUUUCCAAGUCAUCAUCGCCGUCGUCUACCUAGGUCUGUACCCCGGAUUACGAAACACUAAUCGAAGCGAAUCCAUUGAUGCAGCCAUCAUGAUCUGCAUCUGGCUGGCCGUCCUCAGCAACUACCAGACCCUGAGAAACAAUGCGGACACGGUGAACCCGAUCAUGAUCACUGGCCCCAACGGUCAAGUCUACCCUGGCUACGGCCCCAACGGUCAAGUCUAUCCUGCCUUCGGCCCCAAAGCCCAAGCUUACAACGGCGACGACCCCUCCAGAGAUUUCCAGGCGAAUGGGGGAGAUGGUCAUCACUCACGGAAGCGCACCCGUUUCGUGUGA